AUGGGAAACGAUCAAUUGAACAAGCCGGUGUCGAGGGUGAAUUUGGAGACGGCAAAAUCUGAGGUAGUUCCAGGAGAGGGUACUAAUGCAGAAGCUAUUACUCAAAUUGCAAAGAUCCUUUCCGAUGAAAGGAAGUUCCGGCUGGCCAACUGA